UGCGAGUGAGUUCUGUCGUUUUGCGAGGGACUUUGAGAGCAAAAAGCCGGCUUCUAGAUUUACAUGCUCUCAAAACAAUCCCAACUUGUCAGGAUUGUCAAAAAAUCGUGAAUACCGAGGAGAGUGAACAAGAGAGAGAACCUAGUGGUUUCGAUCGGAAUUGCCCCGCAGCUCCCCGCCCCGCUGCGGUGGUGACCCUGACACUCACCGAAUACCUUUCGAGCCUUCAAUAAGUGUUUUCAUUGUGACGCGAAAAAAAACCUUUAUAGUGAAAUCUUCGCGAGUGCGCGAAAGUGACCUUGACCUCUUACGAAUUUCCGUCGAUGAUAGGUGAACUGGAGGCUCACCUAGUCGGUCGCGACACGUGGUUUCUGGACAGUGUUUUGAAGUUUGUCCCGGGUGAAAUGGAAUAGUGCUCCUUUUGCGAAAUUUUCGAACUUGGGAAUUUCGAGCGACGUUCUCGACGACAUCGAGACUGGGGGGGUUUUCGGAAGUGAUGGCCCCGAGGCGUCAUAACGGAGGUGGUUUGUUCGAGGCAGGAAACAGCCUAAAUCAAGACACGAUGGAGAACCUGAUCGUGAACGGUCACAACUCCAACACGACCCGCUGUUGUACUCCAACCGGAGAGUGUCUCCGAGGAGAUGCUCUGAUUCGAAUGACUUCGCUCCACGACGUGGUGAAGGUCACCUGCAACAACGACAGUUGCCCCGUGGGGCAAUUUAUGCACCGCGAGUGUUUUGAUGCCUGGGAGCAAACGGUCUUGACUUAUUUGAAGAGCUGUGGACGUGCCAGGAGCUGGUCCGAACGUCAGCGUCAUCAGAAUCUCUGGACGAAGAAGGGUUACGAUUUGGCAUUCAAGGCUUGUGGAUGUCGCUGCGGAAGAGGUCAUUUGAAGAAGGAUUUGGACUGGAUGCCCCCAGGAGUUAGUAGCGUGCAGGGCAAUCGCCAGGAUGAUAAUGAGGCGAAGAAAAAGAAGCGCAGGAACAGGCAGAACACGAGGCCGAGCCUUGCGGUUUCGGCUGGACCACCGGGUCAUGGGGGUCAUGUCAAUGGCGGAAAUCGAGGAACUGAUGUGCAGAUUAUUGAUAAUGGAAGAGGAAGGGCUGGAUCUUUGUCAUCGAGCACUGGGUCCAGCUCUCCACCAGCUACGAGCGAACCCAGCGUUAGCCCUCUUCAUCAACCUCAGGCUAUCGUCAAGAAGAAGAGCAAGGUCGAGUUCUUCGGCGACCGGGUCCGGCAAAGCUGCGGAGCAAAUGGCAUAUUUUCUCGACGCUUGGACUUCAGCGCUUUCAACAGUCUCCCGAGGACCAAGCUGAACUCCUAUCACAUUAAGAUGGAAGAUGAGGGGAAUCAUGGCAACGAUGACACCAGAUGCUUUAUCCUCUCGACCUUGGCAGCCUUGCAGUGGUCAAGGGUAUCCUGCGUCCUUUGCCGAGUAGCGAUGCUAGUCUUUGAUAGGUAUCCUCUCGUAGAUGGUACCUUCUUCUUGUCUCCGAGGCAGCACUCUCACGCCUGCGCUGAGGUAAAAGUCGAGGGUCGUACACAAUUCUUGUCGGCUGUGUGCAUGAGUUGCCUUGAAGGCAGUGGCAACGCACCCGUUCGUUGUCGUUCAUGCACCCAACCAUGGGAUGGCUCCAGUCUGGUCCUGGGGACCAUGUAUAGUUAUGAUAUUUUCGCCGCCAUGCCAUGUUGCACCGAUCGAUUAAAGUGCAACAGCUGCCAGAAGCCCCUGAUCUACCCUCAUCAGCGACUCAACUUCUACUCAGAUUAUAGUCGCGUAUUCGCUUGUCCACACUGCAGGGCUGUGGACGCCCACUUCGUGAAGCCCCUCUCGUCCUGUUUCACCCGCGAGCAAUUUCAGCUCUACAGUCAGUGGCCGUAACCACUAGGGAAUCUAGUAAACCGCCUAAACACUGCAGGGGACCACCUUUCCUUGAAUCCACUGCUCACUCUACUCCGGGCGACCUUACUUUAGACUCUUUUUUUUCCCUUCAAAUUGGCAUUAUAAAAUAGAGCUCUUUUGUUUACGCGAAAUUGAAAAAAAAAAUCAGGGGAAGAUGGCCUACUUAAGCAGAGAGAGGUGAGCGCCGUGCGAGGUAUUCUUGCACGACGUCUUUGGUGAUAAUUACGUUGAUUAGGGUAGAUUCGAGAGAUUGACGGAUAUGUUUCACCGCGGACGCCGAGGGGACACGAAACACUCGACCUCUUAUGGCUAACCUUAAUUGAUAAGAUUCAAACUUGUAGACAAUUUUUAGUUUUCUAAAGCCAGCAGAUGAUUUGUUUUUCUGACUGCACCAUGCACAUAUUUAGUUAAUUGAUUUGAGAAGUUCUUUCUAAACGGACUUUUUAAAAGAAAAAGAAAAGAAAAAAGAGGAAUUCGAUGAGAUUCCUCAUCCCAAAUGGCAUUUUAGUUUGUUCAAGUUUUUUAUGACUGGACCUUGAUUUGAAGAAAUUAAUUCGAAAUUGGUGAAAACCAAAAUAAUUCAGCGUAGCUUGUAACUCAUGUGGAAUAUUGAUUCCCGGUAAAGCGAGAUUUGGCGUCCACUGAGAAACUUCGCCGUCUCCUGUGCAUCUCGCAGUAUAAAAAUUAUUUGCACGACAUCUUUGCACGUGGUUUGCGGAAACGUAGCAACUCCCCCCGUCUUAUCCAGUUGUUCAAGUUACAUAUGAAAUUUAUGUACAAGCCAGAUCAACCGAUCAAUGUCUCUUCAGCAUUGUAUAAAUCACUUCGUACAAGGGGAAGAAUCCUAUUGUUUGUUACUUAGAUAAUCGAUGACGUUGUUUUUUUACAUUUUAUUAGUUUGUACGUUUACGCGGCCAUGUUAUUUUGUUUAAGGAUCUGCAGACACGUGCGAAACAUUCGCCUAAAGACAGCGUCCAGCCCGCGCCAUUGAGAAAACGAACCCGGUUUUAUAUAUCACUUUACAAAAACACAAAUUAGUAACUAAUAAGUAUACAGUACAAAGUAUACCAUAAAGAGUAUAAACAAUAAGAUAUAUAAAAAUGCAAUGAAUAUAAUGGCAAACGAGAGUUAUCUACAUAUGCUCCGCUCAGCCCCCGUUCACGGUAUUAUCAUGAAACGUUAAUUCAACGUUUCGAAAUUUUUAUUUUAUUAUCAAGUGAGAAAUGUCAGUCCCAGAGCGUGACAUGAAUCAAUCCUCGGUGAGUUUUGUAUAUAAUUUUUAGUCACGCAACCACAUUGGAUUUGCUUUCUGUAAUCAUUCUUUUUAAUAUAUUUUUUAAUUUUAA